AUGCCCCCAGCGGGAUUCCAACCCGUAACCGCUGGAACAGCAAGGAUGUGGGACUUGCGAAGGUAUUUCGAAAUCCGUUAUCUUUACGUGAACACGUUAGAGUUCGAAGUGGGAUAUCUCACACACGAGAUCAUCUAUCGAUAUCAGCUGGUCUUAGAGCUGUACCAGAUGGUGGAGAGGAGGUUCAUGCCACUUCAAAAUCUGAACAUCGCAUCUACGAGUUAUAUGCUUUAUAUAUAUACCAACAUCUUGAUGCACAGUAAGACCAUCAUACAUUUGUGCAAUAUGAUGCAUGAAUUAAAACGAAAAUACAAAAGCAAUAAAAAGAAGAGUGUAUUUGAUGACUAUUUUAUACCGGAUAAAAAAUACGGAUCCAAUGAUUCUCUGAAACCAGGUCUAACCGAAGAAGAACUCCAUAAAAGAUGGCUUGAAAAAAAAAGAAAACAGGAAAAAAAGAGAGCAAAGGAACGUAAAAAAUACUACAAGCAAAUGAUGAAAUUUGGUUUCACCACAUCUAGAAAACCGACUUCGCCUAAAAAGGGGUGGGUAGUUUUAUUAAUAAUAAUAUCCUUC